UCCCCUUCUCGCCGGCUUGGACCUAGAUCUCUGCUCUCGCUGUCGUCGCUCUUUCUCCUCUUUCUUUCCUUCCCUCCAUCGUUCGUUUUUGCUAUUUAUUUUUGUUGAUAGAGCAUAGAGAAUUGCAUUGGCAUAGGAGAGAGAAAAGAAGACAGCACAGCGUGAUCACUUCCGCAUUCUUCGUUCCCGCAAAAUCAACAAACAAAAAACAUCAGCACCACUCCACACCACAGCGGACGACAAAAAAAAAACAACAAUGCGGAUCCUCAGCUUACUUUCCACCUCCGCUCUUCUGAUCUCCUUGACACAGCUACGACCAGUUUCGGGGGCAGACGCAGGUUUGGUCUCGGUUGAUUUGUAUGCAAAGAAAUUCGAGAGCGAGUUGAACGUUAGGUUCUUGCCUGCCGGUGGUGAAUCCCGAAAGCUUCUGGAUCGAUCGUCGGAUGUUUCGGAUGAGGAGCUUGAGAAGAGGAGUGAUCGCCAGCAGGGGACUGUUAAGAAGGAUAGUGUCACUGAUGUAGAAAAGCGAUCUGACCGCCAGCAGGGCACCGUCAAGAAGGCGGAUGAUCUUGAACGACGAUCUGAUCGCCAGCAGGGCACCGUCAAGAAGGACAGUGUCACCGAUAUCGAAAAGAGAUCCGAUCGUCAGCAGGGCACCGUCAAGAAGGACAGUGUCACUGAUGUUGAAAAGCGAUCUGACCGCCAGCAGGGAACUGUCAAGAAGGACAGUGUCACUGAUGUUGAAAAGCGAUCUGACCGCCAGCAGGGAACCGUCAAAAAGGUGGACGACCUCGAGAAAAGAUCCGACCGCCAGCAGGGCACCGUCAAGAAGGCGGAUGAUCUUGAACGACGAUCUGAUCGCCAGCAGGGCACCGUCAAGAAGGACAGCGUCACCGAUAUCGAAAAGAGAUCCGAUCGUCAGCAGGGCACUGUUAAGAAGGACAGCGUCACUGAUGUUGAAAAGCGAUCUGACCGCCAGCAGGGAACUGUCAAGAAGGACAGUGUCACUGAUGUUGAAAAGAGAUCCGACCGUCAACAGGGUACUGUUAAGAAGGUGGAUGAUCUUGAAAGACGAUCCGACCGCCAGCAGGGAACUGUCAAGAAGGCCAGCAUCAAGUAUUCUGAGAACAUCGACCACAACGAGUCACAAGUGUCAUACUACAUCUCCAUCAUAUUUGGCACCGACUCGACCGAGUUCACAGUAGUCGUCGACACCGGAUCGUACGAUUUGUGGGUCUACGGCGACGCAUGCACCAAUACCAGCUGCACUGACCACAACCAGCUCGGAACUGCAGAUUCGAGCACGUUACAGAUCAACGAAUCCGAUAGCUUCCAGAUCUCAUAUGGACAGGGAGAUGUCUCGGGAGUUUCGGCGGUGGACUAUGUCUCCUUUGCCGGGUAUAAUCUUAGUCUGGGCUUUGGCUCGGCUGAGGACGUUGCUGAUUCGUUUGAUGAUUUUCCUAUUGAUGGAAUUUUUGGACUCGCUAGUCAGGACACUCAAAUCAACGGUUAUCCCUCUGUGGUUUCAGAGUUGAGCAGUCAAGGACUGAUCUCUCGCGAGGUGUUUGCAAUCGAUAUUGGCGAUGACUCCUCAGUCGGUAGACUGACUUUCGGAGGUGUGGAUACCUCUCGUUUCGCCGGCGAGAUUGAUUUUGUCGACAUCAUUCAGACGAGCGGACUGUGGCUCGUACCUCUUGAGGACUGCGUAGUCGAUGACGAGGCGUUGGGAUUUACCGACAAACUUGCUCUCAUCGACUCCGGCACGACAUUGAUGCUCCUUCCCUCCGACGACGCCGAUACCGUGCACCAAGCACUUGCGACACCUGGUGGGGCUAAUGUUCUCACUGAUGGCUCGAGUUACGUGCUUCUCUGCAACACGACUACGACGCUUGAAAUCACCAUCGGUUCUAAAAACUGGACCAUCUCGCCCGACCAGUACUUGGGAGGCGUAUACGACGACGAUGACGAUUGGUGCCUGACUAAUAUUCAGGCGCAGGAGGUCAAUGGCACAACGACCUGGGUCUUGGGCUCUGUCUUUAUGCAGUCUGUAUAUGUUGUGUUUGAUCGUGACGCGUACCGCGUUGGUCUGGCGGAGAAGGGCUCCGGUGGAACUGAUUACUACGACGAUUCGUCGGCUGCAUCGUUCGCGUCGACUACCACAGCUGCAUAUGAGAGCAGUACAUCUUCAUCUUCUUCCUCUGCCACUUCUGUUGCUUCGACUUCGCAUGUGUCUUCGACCGCGAGCUCGUCAUCUGAGGUUUCUUCGACUGCGAGCUCAUCCUCUGUCGUUUCGUCAACUGAGAGCUCGUCGUCUGUUGUUUCCUCAACCGCGAGCUCGUCCUCUGUCGCUUCUUCCACAGAGAGUUCAUCUUCCGAAGUGUCCUCGUCUACAAUCACAUCCUCAUCCUCCUCUAUUAGCCCCAGUUCUACAAUCACAAGCACAACCGAUGCAUCUUCGAGCUUCACAACCUCCGCCCACGACUCCUCCUCUUCUGCCCUUUCUUCAUCUCACACGACGAGCGUCCGAAGCAGCACGACCCGCUCAUCGUCCUUCUCAGACUCUUCCGCAACAGCUGUAUCUUCGAGUCUAAGCACCCUCUCGUCUUCCUCUAGUUUGGCAUCGACAGCCUCUGCAUCAUCGUCUUCGUCGACGUCUACCCGCGGAUCCUCGGCGUCGUCCUCGGCGUCAUCGUCGAGCUCGCCCUCCAGUACUGCCGAGUCGGCAGCAUCUUCUGCGGGCGCUGUCAAACUGAGCACAGUAGCAGCUGCCUGUGUAUCUUGCAUUUUGGCAUUGAGCGUGUUUUAAAAUCACUGCUCUAGAAAAUUUCUUUUUUAUAUGUACAAAGUUUUGUUUGAAAUGCGAUGGGACGGGCCGGUGAGUCGCGAUGCUGGCAGCGAUGAGGGGUAUGAGACGACACGCGAACAUUUUCCAGGAUACAGUAUCAAAAGGUAGAAAUUAAAACAAAAAUUGAUUACAUCGGCUGC